CCACACACGCUUGACACCAUCUGAACAAAAUCAGUUUAUUUUGCUCUCAGUAGACCACAGGACAUGGUUCCAGUAAUCCAUGUCCUUAGUCUGCUUGUCUUCAGCAAACUUUCUUGUGCAUCAUCUUUGGAAGAGGCUUCCUUCUGGGACAACAGUGAUGCAGACCAGUUGGAUGCAGUGUGCGGCAUAUGGUCUGAGCACUGAAAGGCUGACCCCCCACCCCUUCAACCUCUGCAGCAAUGCUGGCAGCACUCAUCCAGAGGUUGUCUUUGGGAAAUAGAUGUAUAUGACGCUGAGCACGUGCACUCAACUUCUUUGGUCGACAAUGGCGAGGCCUGUUCUGAGUGGAACCUGUCCUGUUAAACCGGUGUAUGGUCUUGGCAAUCUUC